AUGUCGGACGGUAAGAGCCCAACGAGAUCACCUCCGAAUACCCAACUAACAUCACUCCAAGCUGAUUUCGAUACUGUGCGGCGCCUGCAGGCAGAGCGCAAUGCGCAAGCAGCCGGCAAGAAAGGUUCAAAGACCUUCGAUUCAUCCACUCAACGCACUGACUCAUCCACCAAGGCGUCUCUGACUGAGAGUUUUGACACUAUUCUUUACGAUCGGGAUGGCGUCGACAAGUUUGCCGGCUAUCACACCUCCCUCCCCACCGAUGGCGAAGAUGACGACAUGCCCGACGCAGGCGACAGUCGGAGGCUCGUCGGACAGUAUACAGCGACAAAGGACCAAAUGAACGAAUUUGCAACCGGAAACGGUGUGGAGGAAGAGGACAUCUUACUUGGGCGUGAGAAAUCUGCCAGAAUAGCAGAUCGUGAAACUGAUUACCAGAAGCGAAGAUUUGAUCGGGGUCCUCUAACUCCCACCCGAGCCGAUCCCUUUGCUGCAAACAAACACGCCGGCGUUACCGAAGGUGCGACAUAUCGUGAAGUUAUGCAAUUGCAGGACCUUGAGCGCGAGGAAGAACGUGUCAAGAAACUCAUUGCCGAGAAGCAGGCAAAUGGUGACGCCGUCGUCGAGCACAAACCAACGCUGAAGGACGAAGCAGACAAGGAGAAUGCGGACGCAGGAUCCACUGUUGAAGCAACGAGUCGCAAGCGUAAGAAGAGAUGGGAUGUAUCCAGCGAGGCCACUCCUGCUCCUGAGGGCGUUGAAGUGAAAAAACGCUCGAGGUGGGAUCAGGCCCCAGCUCCAGACGGAGUGGCAGCGCCCACGAAACGUUCUAGAUGGGAUCAAGCGCCUGCACUUCCAUCAGCGACCCCCCUAGGCAAUACCGGACUUGCCACUCCAAUGCAUCCCUCACAAAUGUCACAGGUAAGCUUUGGGACAGAUAUCACUGGCCGAAAUGCUCCUUGGUCAGACGAGGAACUCGAUACGAUGCUUCCUACAGAGGGUUACACCGUUCUCGAACCGCCCCCUGGAUAUGCUCCAAUCCGUCCAGUCGCCAGAAAAGUCGUCGCCACCCCAGCCGCUGCGAGCGCCUCGGCCGGCAUAGGUGGUUUCAUGAUGCAAGAGCCAGAAAAUCCAAGAAUAUUGGGCAAGCAACUUCCCACAGAAAUUCCCGGCGUGGGUGAUCUUCAAUUUUUCAAGGCUGAGGACAUGACCUAUUUCGGAAAACUCGUCGAUGGUGCGGAUGAAAAUGCCCUGUCGGUCGAGGAAUUAAAAGAGAGAAAAAUUAUGCGCCUAUUGCUCAAAGUCAAGAACGGUACCCCGCCAAUGCGUAAGACUGCUCUCCGACAAUUGACUGACAAUGCACGACAAUUUGGAGCCGGGGCCUUAUUCAACCAGAUUUUGCCCUUGUUAAUGGAAAAGUCGCUGGAGGACCAAGAACGCCAUCUGCUGGUCAAGGUCAUCGACCGUGUUCUUUACAAGCUUGAUGAUUUGAUCAGACCAUAUGUCCACAAGAUUCUCGUCGUGAUUGAGCCUCUCCUCAUCGACCAGGACUAUUACGCCCGUGUCGAAGGACGGGAAAUCAUCUCAAACCUGGCUAAAGCGGCUGGCUUGGCUCAUAUGAUUAGUACAAUGCGACCAGAUAUUGAUCAUGUGGACGAAUACGUCCGUAACACCACGGCAAGGGCGUUCGCUGUUGUAGCUUCAGCAUUGGGAAUUCCGGCACUCCUUCCCUUUUUACGUGCUGUCUGCCGAAGCAAGAAGUCGUGGCAGGCUCGGCACACAGGGGUGAAGAUCGUGCAACAAAUUCCCAUUUUGAUGGGUUGCGCAGUAUUGCCUCAUUUGAAAGGCUUGGUUGAUUGUAUCGCCGAUAACCUCAGUGACGAACAAGCUAAGGUGAGGACGGUCACUUCUCUGGCUAUCGCUGCACUCGCCGAGGCAGCCAAUCCUUACGGUAUUGAGAGCUUCGAUGACAUCCUCAAUCCUCUCUGGACUGGCGCGCGAAAGCAACGUGGUAAAGGCCUUGCCGGCUUCUUGAAAGCCGUAGGCUAUAUUAUCCCGCUUAUGGACGAGGAGUAUGCCAACUACUACACCAGCCAGAUUAUGGAAAUUCUGCUUCGAGAAUUCGCCUCCCCGGAUGAAGAAAUGAAGAAAGUAGUGCUGAAGGUCGUUUCUCAGUGCGCGAGCACCGACGGUGUGACUGCAGGAUACCUCAAGGAACACGUGCUACAAGAGUUCUUUAAGAGUUUCUGGGUCCGACGAAUGGCACUUGAUAAGAGAAAUUACCGUCAAGUCGUGGAAACAACAGUUGACCUUGGUCAGAAAGUUGGUGUGAGUGAGAUUGUCGAGCGAAUUGUAAACAACCUCAAAGAUGAAAGCGAAGCCUACCGCAAAAUGACUGUGGAAACUAUCGAAAAAGUCAUCGCCUCCCUCGGCGCGGCGGAUAUUGGCGAACGGCUUGAAGAGCGACUCGUCGACGGCAUCCUCCAUGCCUUCCAAGAGCAAAGCAUCGAGGACGUUGUCAUGCUUAACGGCUUUGGCACAGUCGUCAACGCCCUAGGAACUCGGUGUAAACCGUACCUACCGCAAAUCGUCAGCACAAUCCUCUGGCGACUGAACAACAAAUCCGCCACUGUUCGCCAACAAGCCGCAGACCUUAUUUCACGUAUUGCAAUGGUAAUGAAGCAAUGUGGUGAAGAUGCGCUGAUGGGUAAGCUGGGGGUCGUCCUGUACGAGUAUCUCGGUGAAGAGUAUCCCGAAGUCUUGGGAUCUAUUCUAGGCGCUCUCCGAUCCAUCGUCACCGUGGUGGGCAUAAACCAGAUGCAACCGCCCAUUAAAGACCUUUUACCGCGUCUGACCCCCAUCCUGCGCAACCGCCACGAAAAAGUCCAGGAAAACACUAUUGAUCUCGUCGGGCGGAUUGCGGAUCGAGGACCUGAAUCCGUCAAUGCGAGAGAGUGGAUGCGAAUCUGCUUUGAACUUUUGGAUAUGCUGAAAGCGCACAAAAAGGGAAUUCGCCGAGCCGCGAACAACACGUUUGGAUUUAUCGCGAAAGCAAUCGGUCCGCAGGAUGUUCUCGCGACCUUACUCAACAACUUGCGCGUUCAAGAGCGACAAUCCAGAGUGUGCACAGCCGUGGCCAUCGGGAUCGUCGCGGAAACGUGCGCCCCAUUCACCGUCUUACCUGCAUUGAUGAAUGAAUACCGCGUCCCUGAACUUAACGUGCAGAACGGCGUGUUGAAAUCCCUGAGUUUCCUAUUCGAAUAUAUCGGCGAAAUGGCCAAGGACUAUGUCUACGCCGUUACACCCUUAUUGGAGGAUGCACUUAUUGACCGGGAUCAAGUCCAUCGGCAGACUGCCGCCAGUGUUGUUAAACAUGUUGCCCUGGGUGUUAUGGGACUAGGGUGUGAAGAUGCAAUGGUCCAUCUCCUCAACCUUCUCUAUCCCAACCUGUUCGAGACGUCACCCCACGUGAUUGACAGGAUCAUCGAGGCCAUCGAGGCGAUAAGAAUGGCGGUGGGCACUGGGAUUGUGAUGAACUAUGUGUGGGCGGGAUUGUUCCAUCCAGCGAGGAAAGUUCGCACACCAUAUUGGCGGCUGUAUAACGAUGCAUAUGUGCACAGUGCUGAUGCGAUGGUGCCCUACUAUCCGAAUUUGAAGGAGGAUGGGCUGCCGAGGGAUGAAUUGUAUAUCAUGGUUUAA